AAGGAAAAAAAAAAAAGAGAAAAAAUGGUGAAGUUGAUUCAAGGGGAACCAGGGGAGUCGGAAGAAGGCUAUGGAAAUGCGUUGUCGCAGCGCCUGGAGAAGGUUCAGUUCAAGACGCUAAAGCCACUGCUGUGGAAGUCACUGACGCAGGAACCGUUCCUCUCCGACCUCUCGCAGAUGGGUCUUUCCUGCUUCUUCCAGUCCAAGUUUGUCCGGGGGGACGAGGCGCUGUGCCGAGAGUUUCUAUGCAGCUACAAGAAGCAUGGAUCAGGGUAUGUGAGGCAGGAAGUUGUCCAGACGGGCCCGAAGAUCGUCCAGGUGGUUCUCAAGCUCCCUCAUGGCGGGAAGGCAGUCAAGGAGGUUCCCAAGCUCACCUCUGAAGAGCUCUACAGCAUGUACAACGGGCCAACCGUCAAGGUGAAGCACAACGGCUUUAGCGUCAAGGCGCUGUCCGAUCCCCACUUCAAGGAGUUUGUGAGCUUCAUGGUGGACAGGAUGAGCUGCAAGGUGAACUGCACGUACGUGAGUGCGGAGAUUUUGUACGCGGCCAAGUAUGUCUGGGAGACCAAGGCCGUGCUAGACUGGGCCGGGUAUAUGAGUCACAGGAUCCAAGCUCAGUGUGAGAAAGUCCGGGGAACGUCCCAGAGCGCGUUCGAGUACACACAGUAUCUCACUCAGAUCAUACACUAUCAGCUGGGAAUGGCGAGGGACGACGAGUUGCUCGUAGAUACCGGAUUGGGAAUGGAGUCGCCUCCCGUCGUCCAUGCUCUGAAAGUCCAACGCCCAAAGGAUCAAGCGAUGGGAUUGGAGCUAGCUACCUCUGGUCGUGAGGGGGAUGGAAGCACCGUCCAGCAGCAGCACUCUGGAGUAAAUGGUGGAGAGAAACGGCCGAGGAAACAGCACGAAGCAAAAGGUGCCGCUAAGAAGCAAAAGAGUAAUGCUCGUGAAGGGCCCGAGUAUGCUCUAAACCUGCUAGAGAAAGUGACUGACUGGAUUAGAAGUAAUGGCUCCGAGCAACAAAACCGUGGGACUGAGCAGCAGGCUGAGAAGAGAGUUACUCAGCUGGAAUCGGAGCUAGAUGAGAUCAAGCGUCGCUGCGAAGCCGAGCACCAGCAACAGGUGCAAUGGGAGGUGCAGCUUAAUCUCGUCCAGCAGGAAAAGAGUGUGUUGCAGGACCAAGUGCAAGCUCUGGUCGCUCAGCAGGCAGCUUUGAGGCAGCGGCUGGAGGUGUCCGAAAGGGAGAGGCUCCAGCUCCAGGCCUACUUGUCUCGGGCUAUAAACGGGAAGAAAGACGAUAGCUUCUUCAGGGAUCAGCCGAAAUAGAGCUCCCUUGAAGCAUCGGGAGUUUGCGUGUGCCACCAGACCUGGCUUCCGACUAUGGUUGCUGCUCCACGUAAAAAGGAAGUUCGUCCAAGCAUUUCUAGCCCAUGCAGGAACACUGAUCACGAUUUCGAGAGGAUGGGGAGUUCUCGUGUACCAGACCUGGCUUCCGACGGUUGCGUUCUAUGUUGCUGCUCCACGUAAAAAAGAAUUGCGUGGAGGAACACUGGUCUAACAACGUGAAUGAAUC